AUGGUGAAACAGACGAUCAAAAUUUUUGCCAGGGUAAAGCCAACCAAAGCCAAAGCUUGUUUAUAUGAAAUAGAUGAAGAUGAUCAAGGAUUACCAAAAUUAACAUUUAAUGUACCUAGAGAAUAUGCUGAUGGUUUUAUCAAUAAUAAAAAAGAAAACUACAAAUUCAGAUUUGACAAAGUUUUUGAUCAAAAAACCAGUCAAGAUGAGAUUUUUGAAAAUGUGGCUAAGCCAGUAGUUGACAAUGCUCUACAGGGUUAUAAUGGAACAAUAUUCGCCUAUGGACAGACAGGUAGUGGAAAGACGUUCACUAUCACUGGUGGAGCAGAAAGAUACGUAGAUCGUGGUAUUAUACCAAGAAUACUGUCAUAUAUCUUUGAUAAAGUCGAACAGGAACCAGACCUGACAUUUUCAGUACAUGUAUCCUAUCUUGAGAUCUAUAAUGAAAGCGGCUAUGAUUUACUUGAUCCCAAACAUGAGGCAGCUAAACUGGAAGAUUUACCUAAAGUUUCCCUAAUGGAAGACAAUGAUCAGAAUAUACAUCUGAAGAAUUUAUCAGUACAUCAAGCUACCUCGGAAGAGGAGUCGUUAAAUCUGUUAUUCCUGGGUGACACCAACAGAAUGAUUGCUGAGACUCCAAUGAAUCAGGCUUCUACUAGAUCUCACUGUAUAUUUACCAUACAUCUUACAGUCCGAGAAACUGGGUCUGCUACAAUACGAAGAUCUAAACUACAUCUUGUAGAUUUAGCUGGAUCUGAGAGAGUGUCUAAAACAGGAGUAAAUGGUGUUUUAUUAACAGAAGCUAAAUAUAUUAAUCUUUCAUUACAUUUCCUUGAACAGGUUAUAAUUUCAUUAUCUGACAAGGGGAGACAACACAUACCCUAUCGUAACUCUAUGAUGACGUCUGUAUUAAGAGAUAGUUUGGGUGGUAACUGUAUGACAACUAUGAUAGCUACUUGUUCAGUGGAGAAGAAAAAUGUAGAUGAAUCUAUAUCAACAUGUCGGUUUGCCCAGCGUGUAGCUAUGAUCAAGAAUGAUGUUUUAUUAAACGAGGAACUGGAUCCUAAAUUAAUGAUAUUAAAAUUAAAACGUGAAAUCCAAUCAUUAAAAGAUGAAUUAGCCUUAGCUACAGGGGAACAGAGGAGCGAACAACUCACUGAGGAAGAACUUGAGAGAUGUGAAGAAGCAGUGAAUAACUAUAUUAACGAUGCCGACCCUGAGGCCAUCUUGUGUGUCGGAGCUGAUAUGAGAAAAAUACACACUUGUUUUCAAAUAUUGAAGCGUCGUUUAUCAGAGAAGCCAGUCAGUAGUAAAAGUAAUACACCACCAAGGGAGGUAACUCCAGUUGAUACAGGUCCAUACAAUAACUCGGAGAAUCAAAGAUUAAAAGAUAUAAUAUUACAGAGAGACAAUGAAAUCAAUAUUUUAGUGAAUAUGUUGAAGAAGGAGAAGAAAAGAGCAUUAAAUAACAAGAUGGCCGACAAUGACAGGUCGAGGACGCCUAGGAGCGAGGCAGGUGAUAUGAACGGCCAUGACAGUAUGUCAGAUAGACGGAGACACAGUCAGCCAGUGACACCAGUUAAACAAUCUAUAGAUGAAGAAAAUGAAAUGUUAACAACUAGUCUGGGUAAGAUGUCAAUGGGUCGACAGGAAGCGUUUGAUAUUUUCUUACGAGAUUACCAACAUAAUGAUUCUAUAGAAGAGAAGAAGGCAGAGCUGAAGAAAAAGUAUUCGAAAGCUAAAAUAUUCGGUGAAAAUUUAAAUACAGCUAAAACUAAUAUCAAUCAUUUAAAAGGUCAAGUUGGACAACAUAGAAUGCAGCUAGCUAUGCAAGGUAGGCAAGGAUUAGCAGAUCCUGACAACCCGGAACCAGAUGAAGUAGAACAAGAAUUGAGAGAACAAAUGGAAGAUGAGAAACAACAGUAUAAAGAAACAUUUUCCAAAUUAAAAACUUUAAAAUCAGAGAUUGAACAUCUUCAGCAUUUCCUAGAGAGGUCAAAGGUCAAAUUAAUGAAAGAUUUUGAACUAUGGUGGGCUGAACAAAGCUCCAACAACCAAGUAUCAUGGAGAACUCCACCAAUAACUCCCCAGCAACAAACCUUAUCACAACGUAACUAUGUACAGGAAAACAUUACGCCCAGUACUUCAAUGUCAUCAAUUUCAUCUCAGCCUCUCUUAAACACGCGAUCUCGGAAUGACAACACCAAUAAUCUUGAUAGUUAUAGAUCAAAUGAUUCACAUAACAAUAAAAGUAAACUACAAUCCUCUCCACCCUCAAAUCAAACCAAUGACAUUCCGUUAACAGGGGACCCCACAGCUGAUGCAGAUAUAAUGGCAUUUAUAAAAGCUAGACAGAAUCUACUACAGAAAAGUAAGAUGGAUUAG